AACAUGGCAAGAUUAAACAUAGUUGGGACAUGUGGCAUGGUGCGAAGAAUCUCGGAAAAAAGCUAUUUGCAGUUGCUCAAGAGAGAGGGAAUGAGUCGCUAAGACCAUGGGUGGAGCCUGUUGUCAACCAUUUCUACCAUGCAGCAGAAACAUGCGAAGGGGAUGCUCUGAAACUAAGUAUGAAGAUGGUAGCAGUCCUCAACCAUACUGCCAAUGUCCACAGAUGGAUACUCGGUGAAUGUGACAAUGAAGCUCUGGAUGAGGAUCAAGACAGGGGAAAUAAGCAAUGGCUGGAUCCAACAGGACAUGAGAUAGUGGCCCUGGAGAAAGUUGUACGUGACACAAGAUUCCUUGGAAAUCUUUACCACUACACCACAUGCCAGACAACAUCAGAGCUUGAGUCAUUCCACAACCACUUGUUAAUGUAUGCAUCCAAAAGACAGGCAUACACGUAUCCAAUAUACAAGUGCAGAUGCCAGCUUGCAGCAAUAGAUUAUAUGCAACAUUUGGACAGGCCUUACAAGAAGGAUGCAAACGGUGAGCUCUGCUACAAGAGGAAAUUUUCCAAGAGAGGGAACAAGUGGACAGUGUACCCAGUGAAGGUGACGAAGGCCUACAGCUACAUUGAAAAGCUGAUGGUUGCAGCAGUCAACGAGUACUGCAUAGGCCAGAAACGAAUCUACCAUCCAAUUAAAAGGCAGUCUGGCGAUCCCAGAAACAUUGCUUCCACCAUUGCUUCCAUCGAACCACCACCGACUGCCGAACAUGUCGCUAAAAGGAAGUCAAGAUUGGCAAAAUGGAGGAAGAAUCUGAACUAGGCAGAUUAUCUGCAAACAUUCAAAGACACAGAUGUCUAUUGUGUUGGAAUUUAUUGAUGCUUUUGUUUUAUAUUUGUCAAAAAGAGUCAGAGGCAAUCAACGUAAUACUUUCAAGAAUUAACACAGUAUUAUUAGCUCGGCUGUUUUCGGAGGUAUUGUCAUAGCCUCCUCGUCGUCCCCCGUCGUACUAAAACCUUUACAUUGGCUCUAAAAUUAAAGUUUUUUCACCUACAACUUUAAAACUUCAUAUGUACAUGAACCUUGAUGAGUUCUACACGUCACAACCAUUUUUGGGUCACUAGGUCAAGGUCACUGUGACCUCUAAUAUAAAACUUUAACUUUGCCUCUAACAUCACAGUGCUACCACCUACAACUUUGAAGCUUCAUAUGUACAUGCACCUUGAUGAGUUCUACACGCCACACCCAAUUUUUAUU